GUCUCCAUGGCAACAGCAGGCUGUGGAGCCCUGAGCUUUGGCGGAGCCGGUGAUGGAUGGACGGAGGUAGUGAUGGCGGCCAGAGAUGUAUGACCAGCACAGGGAGGAUCAAGAAGAGGCCAGACAGAAGCUAACCCGAAGCAUCAUGCAGAACCCCGAGGGCGGGUCAGCGGCACUCCCCAGCAACCGCUGUGGCCAUACGGACGUCCACUUCAGCCCAAGCACCUGUCGUUCAGCCAGUCCUUCCAUCACAACAGCAACAGCUGUGGCCAUGCGGACGUCCACUUCAGCCCAAGCACCUGUGGUUCAGCCAGUCCCUGCAUCACAACAGCGAGUGUCAGUUCAGGCCACAGGCUCUUCCCAGAAGGGAGUGCAGGUGCAGCAGCUGUCUAGAGUGCAACAGGUCCCUCAGCAGGUGCAGCAGGUCCAGCAUCCAUACCCCUCCCAGGUGCAGUAUGUUGAAGGAGGAGAGGCCGUCUACCCCAAUGGCACCAUUCGCACUGCGUACUCCUACUACACUGAAGGCCAGUUGUACGGGCAGGGCAGCACCUACUUUGACUCCCAGACGGGGGGGACACAGGUGACCACUGUGGUUUCCUCAGCCAGCGGAGCGUCUCCCCACAGCAUGGUGGGCAUCACCAUGGACGUCGGUGGCAGCCAGAUCAUCUCCAGCGGCAGCGCCUAUCUCAUUCACGGCGGGAUGGAGGGAGGCCGGCACCUCACUUCACACUCCGCCCGGUCCUCCUCUGCAGCGCUUGAACUGGCGAUUGAAAACCUCCACAAGUCUGAAGGGAUUGCCUCUCACAAGAGCAGCCUGCUCAACAGACAUUUACAGUGGCUGCUGGAUAACUACGAGAUAGCAGACGGUGUGAGUUUGGCGCGGUGUUCCCUCUAUCACCACUACCUGCGCCACUGCCAAGAGCAGAAGCUGGACCCAGUCAAUGCCGCUUCUUUCGGAAAGCUCAUCCGCUCAGUCUUUAUGGGACUGCGCACACGCCGCCUUGGCACCAGAGGGAACUCGAAGUACCAUUACUAUGGCAUCCGUGUGAAGCCUGACUCUCCUCUGAGCCGACUGCAGGACGACAGUCAGUACAUGGCCAUGAGACAGCAGCCUGUCCACCAGAAACAGAGGUUUAAACCCCUGCAGAAAGUGAGCAUGAUGGGUGACGGACUCUCCGGCGGCUCUCAGCACUCCAGUGGCACGCCGGAGCAAAGUGUGGCUGCGCAGAGCCAGCACCACCAGCAGUUCAUAGACAUGUCUCAUGCCCUGCCCCCGUUUCCCUCUCUGGACCUGGGCUCCUGCCCACUGCCUGAGCGCAUCACCAUGAAUGACGUGAAAAAGCUACAGAGCAUCUACAGGGACCACUGUGAGGCUACUCUGGAUGUGGUGAUGAAUCUGCAGUUCCACCUCAUAGAGAAGCUGUGGCAGACUUUCUGGUAUUCAACAGCGCCAUCUAGUGACAGCACCACCACCAUUGUCCCCAACAGCGACGAGGAAAUCGAGGGGGUGAUCCCCAGUGAGAAGCUGAUUGCUCUGUGUAAGUUUGAGCCAGUGAAACAGUGGAUGAGGAGCUGCGAUCACAUCCUGUACCAGGCGCUGGUGGAAAUCCUCAUCCCGGAUGUUCUGCGGCCCGUUCCCAGUACUCUCACCCAAGCCAUCCGAAACUUCGCCAAGAGUCUGGAGAGCUGGCUGACCUCAGCCAUGAGUAACUUCCCCCAGGAGAUUGUGCGCACCAAGGCCGCAGUAGUGAGUGCGUUCGCGCAGACUCUGCGCAGGUACACCUCUCUGAACCACCUGGCGCAGGCGGCUCGAGCUGUGCUGCAGAACACCUCCCAGAUCAACCAGAUGCUCAGUGACCUCAACCGCGUGGACUUCGCCAACGUGCAGGAGCAGGCCUCAUGGGUGUGUCAGUGUGAUGAGAGUGUAGUGCAGCGUCUGGAGCAGGACUUUAAAGUGACCCUGCAGCAGCAGAGCUCUCUGGAUCAGUGGGCCGCCUGGCUGGACAACGUGGUGAGCCAGGUCCUGAAGCCACACGAGGGCAGCCCCAGCUUCCCCAGAGCUGCACGCCAGUUUCUCCUCAAGUGGUCCUUCUACAGCUCCAUGGUGAUCAGAGACCUGACACUGCGCAGUGCUGCCAGCUUCGGCUCCUUCCACCUGAUCCGGCUGCUGUAUGACGAGUACAUGUUUUACCUGGUGGAGCACCGCGUCGCCCAGGCAACCGGGGAGACGCCCAUAGCCGUGAUGGGAGAGGUUUGUCUGAAGUUCAGUGACCUCAGCUCAAUGAUGCCCCCACUGUUGGAGAAAGAUGCCUCGUUCUCUGAGGAUAUCAGUGACCUCGGCAGCGACGGUGACGUAUCUCGGGGAACGUGUGAGCCUGCAAUAAAGAGCGAGAGGAUCGAGAUCAACCACUCGUUGCAGGAGAUCUGAGAGCCGUCCAUCGAGACUGGCCACCGCUCUGCCUGCACGGACGCUGUACCCGUGCGAGUGUUGGGUGGUGGGAUUUUAUCAGUCGUCCUCAGAUUCCACCGUCCUUGCUAGCGAGCUGCGUUUUAACACUGAUUUUGGUUCCUAACGCGUACAGGAGUCUAGUUUUGUCCAGAGAGUUUCUAGUAGUUAAUCUACUUGAGGGUCUGUUUGUUUUCCUUUUGGGUCCUUCGUUUUCAGCCGUGCCUCUCCGAGCUCAGACGGAGCUCAGCGCCGUGUUUAAUUUGGGAUCUCCGUGCCAUAGUGUCCUUUCCAGUGCCUUAGAUGAGAGCAGAAAGCAGUCGCUGUAUCCGGGCCGUGCCUGUACUCGCAGUAUGAAUGUAUCGUCUGAUGACCUCAGCUGUCUCCAGCACCUUCCCGCAGAGGCUGCAGGGCUGUUUUCCUGUAGCUACGGCUCCGUUCACGCGUGCUCCGAUAUAAUGCAAGCCCACUAACCCAAAGCAGCCUUGCGUGUUUCAUCCCCACCAGCACUGCGGACCUCUUGCCGCCAUGGCAACCACAUGGACGGCACAUGUCGCUGUUUCUUUCUGAGACGAAAAAAGAAAUGUGUAUAUAAAAAGAAUAGAUAAAUACAAAUACGACACCCCUGGCCAUAUGAGAUGAGCUGUUGAUACCUCAACCACCGUUUCUAUGCUAACUUUCUGUAUUUCUGUAGUGUUGAUUUGUGUAAAUUUGGUCCUAGAGGAGACCCCCGCCCCCCCACGGCAACUGUAAAUAAACUUAUUUAGAGGAGAUCCUGUGAAAAGUUGUAACGGUGAUCGAGCCAGUAGUGCUGUUCCUCACUCUACAGGCUCGAGUCAUCGACUAGAGGAGCUAGUGCUUCUAGUCGGCUUCGGUCCAGUUUUGCAUGUUGGUGCUGAAAUGUUCUGAAGCUUCUAAGGGGGAUUUAAAGGGGCAGUGGGAUCUUUGGUUGUGCUGAAAGUGACAGAAUGUCUGUAAAUGACUAUUUGAAGUAACUGGAAUGAGCCUGCGCUCGCCGGGUGGUUUGUGUGUUUAAAUUUUCAUUCACAGUUUUACCAGAGAUUUCUUAUACAUUUAAGAUUUCAGACUUAACGUUGAAGCAGAUCUUCCGUACGAUGGGAAUUAAAAUGGAAAGGCGUUACGAAUGAAUUAGUAACAAAGAAAAGAUGUGCUGCAUUUAUUUUCACCCAUAUGUGUGGAAUCUACAAGUGCCCAGCUUUAUUAUUGAAGAGCUGGUUAAACUUUGAUGGGGCUUUAUUGUCUAUUUUUAAUCAAACUUUUUCUCAUAUGGUCUAUGAAUAUUGUAGUUGAUGGAUUUCCAAUGUUUCUGGAUGCUGUUGAGCUGAGACAAGGAGCCCAGUGAUGUCCGCUCGUCCUGGUUUUGGCCACGGUUUUUCCCCCUGAUUGUUUACAGAAAUGCAUUUCAGCGCUGGUGGAUGAUUUUCUACAUGAUUUUAUGGGAAACGAGUUGGCCGAUGUCUCUCUGGCCUCCCCCUCCGCGCUCCUCCUUUCUCCUUUCUGUUGUUGGAGUGCCGGGAGGUUUCAGGCUGUUUGUUUUCUCGUGCCUGUUACAGUACUUUGCCUUUAGUGUGUUUGGGGACGAGUAUUCACCUUGUGUAACCUGGUAAUAUUUAUUUAUUUUUUUUUUGGUAAUUCUGUUUUAGAUCUUCUGGCUACGGUUUAUUUUUAUGGGAGUAGAUAUGAUUCUUCUCACAACUAUAUUGAUACCUUAUUUUUGUUUUUUUCCCUUGAAAAUAAACUGUUCUUGACUUCUUUACUUAGACUAAGAACAGACUAUAGUCUGUAACAAAACUGCUUACAUCAAUUGUAUUUUGUACUGGUAUAAAACGUGUAAUAAAUUGGUGUAAACCA